CGAUUGCCGGGCGCCAGUUGCCUGGUUACAUAACGGUUCCGCGGCUUACUCUCGCGAGGUUUCCACCGCUCCCCCACCCCCCUCGCUCCACGUCAGAGGGAACCGGGCGGAGCGGCCAACAUGGCGGAGCGCAGGCGACACAAGAAGCGGAUCCAGGAAGUUGGUGAGCCGUCUAAAGAAGAGAAGGCUGUUGCCAAGUAUCUUCGAUUCAACUGUCCAACAAAGUCCACCAAUAUGAUGGGUCACCGAGUUGAUUAUUUUAUUGCUUCAAAAGCAGUGGAUUGCCUUUUGGAUUCAAAGUGGGCAAGGGCCAAGAAAGGAGAGGAAGCUUUAUUUACUACAAGGGAGUCUGUCGUUGACUACUGCAACAGGCUUUUAAAGAAGCAGUUUUUUCACCGGGCCCUUAAAGUCAUGAAAAUGAAGUAUGAUAAAGAUAUAAAAAAAGAAAAAGAAAAAGGAAAAGCUGAAAGUGGAAAAGAAGAAGACAAAAAGAGCAAGAAAGAAAAUCUAAAGGAAGAAAAAACAAAAAAAGAAAAAGAAAAAAAAAAAGAUGGUGAAAAGGAAGAAUCCAAAAAGGAGGAAACCCCAGGAACUCCCAAAAAGAAGGAAACUAAGAAAAAGUUCAAGCUUGAGCCACAUGAUGAUCAAAUUUUUCUGGAUGGAAAUGAGGUAUUUGUGUGGAUCUAUGACCCAGUUCACUUUAAAACAUUUGUCAUGGGAUUAAUUCUUGUGAUCGCAGUGAUAGCAGCCACGCUCUUCCCUCUAUGGCCAGCAGAAAUGCGAGUAGGUGUUUAUUACCUCAGUGUUGGUGCAGGCUGUUUUGUUGCCAGCAUUCUUCUCCUUGCCGUUGCUCGUUGCAUUCUCUUUCUCAUCAUUUGGCUCAUAACUGGAGGAAGGCACCACUUUUGGUUCUUGCCAAAUCUGACUGCUGACGUAGGCUUCAUUGACUCCUUCAGACCUCUGUACACACAUGAAUAUAAAGGACCAAAAGCAGACUUAAAGAAAGAUGAGAAAUCUGAAAACAAAAAGCAGCAGAAGUCCGACAGUGAGGAGAAGUCAGACAGUGAGAAAAAGGAAGAUGAGGAGGGAAAAGUGGGACCAGGAAAUCAUGGAACAGAGGGCUCAGGUGGAGAACGGCAUUCCGACACAGACAGUGACAGGCGGGAAGAGGACCGGUCCCAACACAGUAGUGGAAAUGGGAAUGAUUUUGAAAUGAUCACAAAAGAGGAACUGGAACAGCAAACAGAUGGGGAUUGUGAAGAAGAGGAGGAAGAAGACAAUGAUGAAGAAACAACUAAAUCUUCACAAGAAAAAUCAUAAUCUGACUAAUUUGGGGACUAAAUAAGUGUAAGAGGUUGGAUUUUCUAUGUUGGCCGACCAUGAUAAUGUUCACAUGACAUUUGUAGCAUUCUUUAAAUCCUUUUGCUGAAGUGUAUUUGGCAUCCAAGCAGUUAUAUUCAGUCCUUCAUUUCAUAGAAUACUAUUGGUACAGUCAAAAGCCAUUGAUAAGUUUUAUCUGUUUGAUAAUGAUUCAGUAAGUAGGUCUCAUUUGUUUUGAUAGUUGUGUGGCUUUUUACUGUUAGACUAAUAAAAAAAAACUAAAAGGGAUUAGGAAAGAAACACCAACAUUUCAGAUUAUGCAUAGUUAUGUAGCCAUUUCAGUUUCUUUAAAAUGAAAGGCUUAAACUCAUGUUCUUGAUAGUUUUUUGUUGAUUAUAAAAUUAUACCAGGAAAUCUCUAAGAUUCUGAGUUAGCAGGUUCAAAAGCAUUUUGUGGAAACAAGCCAACUAAUAAUCAGCAACACGUUUAGUUUAGCUACAAAUUCUCCAUUUCCAGCUUAGGAAAUCCAAACUGGUGUGUACAUCUGAUUCAGAGAAAGACUGUCAUCUCCAGCAGAGAAGGUGAACUGCAUUGGUUGGAAGGUGAUGGCUCCUCCUCCUUCCAAUUACCUUGUCGUAAAGUAAAAUGUAUUCUGUAUAUAAUUUACAAAUAAACAUUUUAUUUUAAUUGUUACUUAUUUAGACAUUUUCUCAACACUUAAAUUUGUAAAAUUAAGACCAUGUAAGGGUGUGUUUUUAGAGAAAUGGAAGUGUCAGUAACCCACAGACCAUCUUGUGAUCUUUCUACAGCAGCUUCAGUUUUGUGCCAACAUUCCAUGUAUUUGAAUGAGUCAAAACAGUCCUUAUUAAAUAAGAGCAGAUUUAAACUA